GUGCGAUGUCUGUCCAGUAGAGGGCGACAGCGAGUGUCUACGGGGGCAAAUGUCCUGCUAAAAGUGAGAAUAAGACAGGGGCAUUUGUUAUGAUUUUUAACACAAUCACGAAAGAGGAGUGACCCGUGAAAAACGGAGACAGUUUUGUUGAUCUUGAUUUUUUAUUUCGUCUCCUUUUACUUCGACUGUUACGUGGCUGUCUUGCUCUGAUACCAGCACUGAGGGCCAUCACCAGUCAAGAUGCCACUGUUCUUUAGGAAGAAGAAGCCCAGCGAGGACGCCAAAAAGAGAUUAGAGUAUCUGCUGUGUCGGUCCAAGGAACCAGGUGCUGAUGACAUCUUAGACAUAUCUUCUUGUGAGCUUUCAGAGAUUCCUUCCUGUGUUUUUUCGAAUUGUAAACACUUUCAGAAAAAGGUCUUGAUAGUUCACAGCAACGAAAUAAAGUCUUUGGUUCCAAAAGGUUGCGACCUCACUAAUUUAGCCACUCUUAAGGUAUUGGACCUGCAUGAAAAUAGACUUGCAUCACUCCCUGAUGACAUUGGAAAACUAACAUCUUUGCAGAUCCUAAAUCUUGAAAAGAACCAAUUAAGGAUGCUGCCAGACUCGAUUGGGGAGUUACGGUUUCUGCAGACGCUAAAUUUGAAGGGUAAUUAUCUCAGUGAACUACCCUCCUCAGUGGGUUCUCUGAGCAGCCUCCGCACUUUGGAUGUGAGCGAUAAUCAUGUCACUCGACUGCCCAAAACUGUAGCCCUCAUACGAACUUUGGAGAGCUUUACUCUUGAUGCUGCUAAGAUGAUUUACCCACCUGACCCUGUGUGCAGAGAGGGAACAGAGUGCAUUCAGCGCUUCCUCUGCUCUGAGCUGGGAGAGGAGUACUGCCCCCCUUCUCAGUACCUCCUACCAGUGUUGGAGAAUGACUCUGUCAGAGACAAUACAGACUGUUUGGAUGGGCAAGAGGAGGCCUGGCAGGCCAAAUUUAGCGAUUAUGAGAAGAGAAAGGAGCAAAAGCACCAGGAAAGGCUGGCCUUUGAGCAGCAUUUGGAGGAAAAACACAAGGAGCACACUCAGCUUUUAUUACUGAACAAUUCUCUCAAAGAAAACAUUCUCAACUCAGUACGGCAGGAGCAGGAGAAAAUCGAUGAAGGCCUCACUCAGCAGCAGAGGGCUCAGGAGGCAGAGCGACUUCUGGUGUUGGAAAAGGUUCGACAAGCUGAGGAUGACAUCACCAGCCGCAUUGACAACAUGCUCACAGACAACACUCGACAAAAGAAGAGUGCUGAGUUUCUCCAAGCCUUAGAAGAGGAUCGGAUUCGUAUGGAACAUCUUACUGCUAUCACACAGGAGGAAGCCAAUUCAUUGAGGAAGAGGGAGGUGGCAGCGGCUAUGCAGAAGAUGCUUUCAGACAGCUGUGCCGUGCGUCUCCUGCAAAAAGAAAGUGACUAUCGGAGGCAGAAUCUUGUCUCUGAGGCUUAUAGGAGUAUGGAGACGAUGGAUCGAAAGUUUGACAAAAUGCUCUCCCUGCAAGUUUUGGACAAAUCUAAAGCCAUUGCACAGAUAUUGCAAGAGGAAGAGAUGCAAAAAGCCGCAUUUCAAGCCCUACAGUUGCAAAAGGACAGCGUACAUGGCUACAUACGUAACCAGAUCAACCUCAUCGAGGCAGAGUUAAUGCAGCUGACUAAACUGGAGGUUAAAAGGCGUAAUCUGGAUGCUGAAAAUUUACAGGAGGUCUUAGUGCAGCAGCGUGAAGCUCUUGGUGACUUACUACAGCAACUUCUUAAACAAAAAGACCAAAGAGAGCAGGAGCUGCGCCAGAUUCUGAUUGAGCUUGAUCAGAAAUCCGAGUCCAGUCAGCAGAACUAUUGGAUGAUUCAGUAUCAGCGACUUCUAGAUGCCAAGCCUAUAUCUCUUCGGAUGCAGGAAGCUGGGGUGGAGAUAGAGCUUGUGAAUCUCUUAUGCAGACUGUCAGUUCAACAUUAUCUGCCGAUUCUGGCUCAUCAUCGGAUAACAACUAAGGCCCUUCGAGAAAUGACCCCUGCUGACCUCAAGAAGCUUGGUAUUAAUGAGGUGGGCACUCAGAAAGCUCUUUUAAAAUGGGCUCAAGAAAGCGCGCCUCAAGCCGCCUGUAAAGCAGAUGAGGAAGAAGCAGGACCAUCUGCUCCAUCUCCGUCUCCCUCCCCUGUGCUCUCAAAUAGAUCCCCCAUUCAUUAUCCCAGCCCACCUCUCACCCCGGGCACCCCCGUCACCCCCUCUGCCCCAAGCCCUGUGGAUGGACCAGGGAGCUCUGAGUGUGUUGUCUGCAUGGAAACUGGGUCGCAGGUCAUCUUCCUCCCCUGUGGACAUGUGUGCUGCUGUCAGGUGUGCAGUGACGCUCUUCAGAACUGCCCCAUGUGUCGCGCCACUAUUUCUCAGAGGAUUCGUCUUUUCCAUAGCUAAAACAGGACACACUCCUCUUCUCCCCUUUAGCUGGUCACUGCUGCUCUGAGCUAAUUUGGCAUAACGCCUACUUCAAUAUCACUGGCAUCUAUUCUUUUUUAUUUGUAAGAUAUUUUAGAGCCUUUUUUAAAUAACUCUGUUUUAGAAAAUUCCUUCAAUGAGUGCCUUUUCUUCAAGUCAGUUUUACUAGUGCUCACCAAAGUGAUUGCAGUCGCUGCAACACUGCUGUUGUAAAUGGAACACAAUGAUAUUGUACCUGUUUGUUUUAAGCUUGCUGUUCCCAAAACUGCCAUUGGUAUAAUAUGGUUAAUGUAUAUAAUACAUAAAGAUCAGAUAAAUGUGCAAUUGUAUAUUAUGAAUAUAUAAAAUCAUUUGCAUUUCAUAUUCUUUAUUGCAUGUGUUUGUAAAAUGUCAUCUUAUAUGUUCUAACAUUUACAUGUGUAGGAGUUACAGCCAUAAGAGAGAAAUAUACCAACAACAUAUAAACUCACCAAUACCUUAUUCGUGUUACAGUUUUUAUCUUUCAUAUUUUCUGCUUCCAUAUUGUCUGUCAUUUAACUGCAUGUUUCAAUCACUGUGUAUAUGUCAGCUAACACAAGUUAGUGGAAUGAUAUGUGAAAGUGCUCUUAACUUAAUUUAACUAUAAUAUGCAUAGGGUUAUGACUGUACAUGUGAGUCUUUUCAGUGUCAUUAAACCACUAUUAAAUUCAUAAGUCUG